GUCACUGUGACUCACUGUGACUCACUGUGCACCGGCCAAACGCGCUGAUAUGGCACUUAUGAAUCCCCAAGUAAAGCCUCGGGCAAGAGAAGCUGCAGCAUGUUGCCAGUAAAAUCCAGAGUCUAGUUAGAAAUAACCACUUCUCCAAGCAGAACCAAGCAGCAGCUCAUUAGUGUCAUGGCACAGUCGGAGGACAGCGCGAGUGCCUGGAGCUGUGAACAUGUGGCCCAGUGGCUCCAGGAGGAAGGUUUUGGGGAGUAUGUGGAGUUGCUCUGCACCCAGCACCGUCUGGAUGGUCCCAGCCUUCUGGCUUUGACUGAGGCCGACCUGCGGGGUCCACCACUGGGCCUGACUGUGCUGGGAGACAUCAAGAGACUAACCUUAGCGCUCCGUCGCCUCCAGAGAAGGAACCAGAACCAACUGGAGGAGCUGGGUCUCCAGCUGGCCGACGGCCACCUCACUGGGCUCUCGCAGGGUGCAGCAGGCUUGGAGUGGAGCUGUGACGGAGCAGACAUGAGGUGUAAUGGAAGUGAUAAUGCAUGUAACGGCACAGAGCUGCGGCUGAGGAAAGGUGAUAGAUCUGGGUAUAGUACAGGAGUAGCACUUUGUCAAACACACUCCAACUGGAGGUGUCGGCAGCACCUGGCUGGCAGACUGGACCCAGAGGUGUGGAAGACGGUCAUGAGUUCCAUAUAUGUGUUUCUUGUGUUCGGAUUCACUUCCUUUGUCAUGGUGAUUGUACACGAGCGUGUCCCGGAUAUGAGGACGUACCCACCACUACCUGAUAUAUUCCUGGACAGUGUUCCCAGAAUCCCCUGGGCUUUUGCAAUGGCUGAAGCUUGUGGCCUCAUCCUGUGUUACAUGUUUAUCUUGAUCCUGCUCCUUCACAAACACAGGUCCAUUCUCCUCAGGAGGUUGUGUUCUUUAAUGGGGACAGUGUUUUUGCUCCGAUGCUGCACCAUGUUUGUGACCUCGCUCUCUGUACCAGGGCAGCACCUGCAGUGUGCCAGUCAGACAUAUGGCGAUACAUGGGAGAAAAUACAGAGGGCGCUAAUGAUCUGGAGUGGAUUUGGGAUGACGCUGACGGGUGUCCAGACAUGCGGAGAUUACAUGUUCAGUGGACACACGGUGGUCAUUACGUUGCUCAACUUUUUUGUGACUGAAUACACUCCACGGACCUGGAAUCUGAUUCACACCAUCUCGUGGGUGCUGAACCUAUUUGGCAUUUUCUUCAUCCUGGCGGCUCACGAGCACUACUCCAUCGACGUGUUCAUCGCCUUCUACAUCACCACCCGCCUCUUCCUCUACUACCACACUCUGGCGAACACACGUGCGUACCAGCACAGCCGGAGGGCGCGCAUAUGGUUCCCCAUGUUCUCGUUCUUCGAGUGCAACGUGAAUGGACCUGUUCCCAACCAGUAUCACUGGCCCUUCGACAAACCUGCCUUCAUGAAGACUCUUAUUGGUUAGAGUGGACUUCAUUAGAAGAGCAGCAGCUACAUAAGUGCAUGUACUGCGACAUUACAAACACAAAUGAGAAUAUUUUUUACUUGAGAUGCUGCUUCCUUGGGAUUGGGACAAUUAUAAGUUUAUUACAUGGGAGGGUUUUGGUUUUUUAAUCAAAAUUAGUUGCAUAAAUAGGUGAAUUUUCUAAUUUUUAAUUGAUCUUAAAGGAAUAGUUUCACAAUCAGAGAUAAAAAAAAAACCAAAAACAUGGGUUGUAAAAGGGAACUAUAAGAAGUUGCUGAUGUCGGCAAAAUAAUAAUCCGUUUAACGAAAAACAUUUCAGUUUGGCGGUUUUAGAGGUGCUGAUAAAUACAAGAGUUAUUUUCCUGCUUUAAUUAAUGGCUAUUAGGAGGCAGUAAUGCAGUAUCACGGUUGCCAACUUGUGUAAUACACCCUCAGAAGAAGAAGAAGAAGAAGAAGUCUUUGUCCUGAACUAAUCCAACUGGCUCCAGCCUGCAGCUUCAUAUUAACUGGACUGAUUUUAAAGCUGGUGAUUUAUCUCCAAACUGUGUGAAACUAUUCCUCUUUAAUUUAUUCCCACACACACAUUGCCAAGUAGAUGGAAAGAAAAUGUGGCUCACUGGGAGCUGUGGGUACUGCCGUUUCCUUGCAAACGCAUCAAAACGCUUUGAUUACUCAUUUCACUUGUUUUAAGUUUCACCAGUGUUUCCCAUUGUUGGUGUCACUCGGUAUUGAUUGGGCUUCACGCUGUUGUAAUGGAUGUUGAGGAAGGUAAUGGUGGUAUUUGUUGGGGGUUUUCUGUAACACGUUGCAGUUUACACGUUUGUUUACAGCAACAUUUGUUCCAAAGUACGUUUUCUUUCCACAUCCAAGUUUUUUUUGUAAGUGUGUUGGAAGGUAAAAAACUUUAGAAUAGCAAAAUGUCUCCGCUCACUUCUCUUGAACUUAAAGCAAUACUAUUUAUUAAUCCGUCAUCGAGUAAUCGUUGGUCCAUAAAAUGUUCAUUAAUGCUUUCUUUGUUGUGUGGCGCAAAAAAAA